CAAAAGAUGAUAGAAGGAUUAGAAAUAGCUGCUAAAGAGGAGAGUAAACUACCUACUGGUAAAUAUUAACUAUUAUAGUGUAUAGUAUAAUGUGUUCCCCACAAUAAUUUUUUUUGAGUGGGUGCGCAAUUCCUCGGUAACUAAUGUAUAAUUACUGUGAUAAUUUAUUAACUUAAAACAUAAUGGAAAUCCACAAUUAAAUUAAAUUUAAUGAUACUAUUUACAUCUUCUUUUGUAUUUCAGUCCUAUAUUAGACUAGAUUAGAUAAAUUUAAAGAAAGAACGAAUACUACCAACCAUGAGUGACGAAAUAGCCCCUUUCAAUGCCGAUGAUUAUAAACAAUAUGAUGAAUUUAUUGUUAGUGAGAUUGAAGAAGGAUUUAUUCAUGUUCAAUUUAAUAAUCCAAGAUCAUUAAAUGCUUUCAAAGAAAGUACUUGGAGACAAUAUGAAGCUAUCUUGACUAAAGUUGAUCAACAUCCUGAAACCAAUGUUAUUCUUAUUUCAUCUCCAAUUGCCAAAGCAUUUACUAGUGGACUUAAUUUAAAAGCUGCUUUAAGUAUGUUUGGAGCAUCAGAAGGAUUAUCGAGACAUCAACAAUAUAAUAAAAUGCAUUCUCAUAUUAGUGAUUUCCAACGUGCUAUCGGUACUCCAGCUCGUAUCAAUACACCAACCAUUGCUUUAUUAAAUGGUAUUAAUUAUGGUUUAGCUUUGGAUAUAGCUGCUACUGUUUCGAUUAGAAUUGCUACUAAAGAUGCUAAAUUUUCAAUUAGAGAAAUUAAAAUCGGUAUUCCAGCUGAUAUUGGUUCAUUACAAAGAUUACCUGCUCUUGUUAAUAAUAAAUCAUUAUUGUUUCAAUAUGCCUUAACAGGAGCAUUUUUCAAUGCUGAUGAAGCCUUGAAACUUGGAUUGGUGAGUAAAAUAUUGCCAGACCUUGCCUCUGGUAUUGAAUAUUGUAAGAAUCUUGGUUCUGAUAUCAAUGGACAUCAACAAUGGGCUAUUAAAGGUACCAAAAGUAGUCUUCAAGAUAUUAUUGAUGGUACUUCAGUCAAUGAUGGAUUAAGAAAUAUUGCGGUAUAUAAUGCUUCUAAUAUUGAUGAAAAAUUUGGUGAAGCUAUUGGUCAAGUUAAACUUUAGGUGGUUCUCCUGGCUUAUUUACGAUUUAUUUAAGUAGUUGUCUUCAUAGUUUAUAAUAUGAUAUUCAUAGGUGAAGUUAAUUGUUGUAGGUUGAUAGUAAUUAGUAUGUAAUGAUCCAAAUUCCGGGUAAAUCUGAUGU